AUGUCUUCAACUCUUGAUCUGCUUUUCCUUGGGUCGGGCGCCUCUGCACCGGUACCAGAAUUGAGAUGUUUGGUCCGACCGAAGAAGUCGCCGCUGGGACCCUGCAAUGUGUGCUUGGAGGCCCAGUCGAAUCCCGUAUCCAAGAAUAUCAGGGGAUGUACUUCUGGAGUGAUCGUGAAACAGUGGGAUGAUGGGAGGCGGAGUACGAUCUUGAUCGACAGCGGGAAGACUUUCUUGGGCAGUGCUGUCAAGCAGUUGCCGAAGAACGACAUCAGUCGAGUUGAUGCUGUCUUUCUAAGUCACAUCCAUGCUGACGCUACUCAAGGCCUGGACGACCUCAGGAUGUUCACGUUGGCGAAUGAGAUUCAGACCUCGAUCGAUGUCUACGCGGAUCGAGCCACGCACGACGCUGUCGCUCGUAGAUACCCGUAAGCCACAUUCGCCGCAACACACCAAUGUACGGCUGAAGUGACAUCGUGGGAUAGAGCUCUCUUCAACUCUGGUGCCGGUCGAGUCGGCGCAACUCCGGUAGCCGCUUUACGGUUCCAUGUGUUCGAGUACGGCAAGGUCAUCGAGAUCGCUGGUAUCGUACGUAUCUUAGAAAAGGUUCUUGAAGGGUCGCGUGCGCUUAUGCUCAGGAUCGUGUCUUAUUAAUCAUCAGCGUAUCAAACCAGUCGCCGCCCCUCACGGCCAAACUCACAUCAGC